AUGUCACUCCCUUAUACCCUUGAACUAAAUAUCCCGUUUGAAACUUUCAAUCAAGCAGCAAUUGCAAAGAAUACGCUAUCACCAGAUCCAAUACUCAGAUCAGAUGAGUUAACAAUUGAUUAUGCUACAGAUUCCAACAAUCUCAAAGUGAAAUUUUCAGGAGUGAGUGAUCGAGUUAUUCGUGUGGCUAUAAGUAAUAUGAUAGAUAAUAUUAAAACAAUCAUAGAAUGUAUGGACGAAUUUGAUGGUAAAAAAGAUCAAUUGUUUGAAUUACAAGAUUAUAAGAAUAAUGGAUAG